ACAUUUAACAACGUGGCGUGGCCUUUAAUUUUACGACAACGCGCAUACGGAUAGCAGGUACUACUUCCGGGUGAAGCACGGUGACCUUGGCUGCUUGUGAUCGUUAUGGCGGCGCUGGUGAGGCUUAGUUCAGUCUGUAACCGGGGCGUUAGCCCUCUGUUAUUCCGCAGUGCUUCUCUCAUCAGACCUUUGGCAGCAUGUCACAGGGACCGGGAUCACCUGUACCCCCUCGUAGCCAAAAUACACGCAACACCCGCGCACUAUGCUGGCUCUGGGUCUAAAUCUGCCUCGCUGCACUGGACAGCAGAGCGUGUCCUCAGUGCAGUUCUUCUCAGCAUGGGUCCUCUCGCCUAUUUCUACCCCGGCCCUGUCAUGGACUGCUCCCUCGCUGCAGCACUCACACUUCAUGGACACUGGGGACUGGGCCAGGUUGUGACUGACUACGUUCACGGAGAGUCGAAAGUGAAGUUGGCCAGAGCCGGCCUCUUUAUCCUGUCCACUGUUACGUUUGCAGGUCUAAGCUACUUUAAUUACCACGACGUAGGGAUUUGUAAAGCUGUAGCUCUCCUCUGGAGUAAAUAGUUGGACUGUCACAGAAGGAUAAAUGGUCCUGAAGGUUUUUUUCCCCCAUGUUGUUCUCAUGUUGAUUGUAUACUUGUAUUUGUGGGAUUAAAUGUAAAUUCCAUAAAUAUCUCAUUUUGGCAAGAUAUUACAUUGCUUGAAGGGUCUUUAUUAUUGCUAUUGACUACAGUGAAUAUUCUUUUCUGUAUAAGGGGAAGGGGCAGAGGGUUGGACUGACUGUUUUUGAGUGUUUCAGAGCUCACAUUUACACACUUCAUUUCAUAUGGAUUACUAUCAUAGGAAUCCCAAGAGGGGGAAAACAGCUUUUAGUUUUUUUCCACAUAAGGUGUUUUUCAUUUCUUCUAAUGAUUUCUUGAUUUUUACAUUGAAAACACUCAUGAGAGAGCGAGUCCUGGUUCUGCUUCACGUCCUGUUUUCUUGAGGAAAUACCUUCUGUUUUCUGAUGAGCAGUAAUUAAUCAAUUUAAAAAUGUGAUGUCAGCUUUUUGUUUUGUUUUUUCUGGAAAUUUUCGAUUCACUGACAAUAAUUGUUUGAUCUAUUGACUUUAAAAUCGACCUUAAAUGUCAGUAUUUUCUUUUUCCUCUCAUGGCCUUAAUUCUGUUUCCGAUUCAGCACUUCCUGUAAUAUUUGUUUUUACUUGGCCUUAACUUGAUUGAUGAUAUUUUGAUAUCUUGUCAUUUGUGAUGCGAUAUUGUCUGCAAAUCAUCGGCGCCACCUGCUGUUGUGUACAGGUGUAAAUGUGUGUGUGCAAGCUAUGAGAUGAACACGAAUGAUGCCAGUCUGUCUCAGUGUUAUUAAUCGGCUCGAUCAUAUCUGAAUGCUUAAGUUAACAUUAAAUAAAGUCAUUUGUCAUUUCUCCUCACUAAAAUAAAGCCGGUUUUAAAGACUGAA